AAGCACAUCUUGCUGCAAAGCCGGAUUCAGGACCCAGCGGACCAGGACUAAAAUCAAAUCUCACUGGGCUUCGUGUGCAAGAGAGACCGAAGGAAUGGACUGGCUCCUUUUCAGGAACAUGAGCUUUUUGAUCAUUCUAAUGGUGCUGCUGGAAGUAAACAGCGAAUUUAUCGUUGAGGUGAAAGAAUUUGACAUGGAAAACGGCACCACGAAAUGGCAAACGGUCAGAAGACAGAAGCGGGAGUGGAUCAAGUUUGCUGCGGCCUGUCGAGAAGGAGAAGACAACUCCAAGAGGAAUCCGAUUGCCAGAAUCCGAUCAGACUGUGAAGUGAAUCAGAGGAUUACAUACCGCAUCUCUGGGGCAGGAAUUGAUCGACCGCCCUAUGGAGUGUUCACCAUCAAUCCUCGGACGGGAGAAAUCAACAUCACGUCAGUGGUGGACAGAGAGAUAACGCCGCUUUUCUUGAUCUACUGUCGGGCUCUGAACUCGCGGGGUGAAGAUUUAGAAAAGCCUCUUGAGCUUAGAGUCAAAGUCAUGGACAUAAACGAUAAUCGCCCUGUCUUUACGCAAAAUGUGUACACAGCCAGCAUCGAAGAAAACAGCGAUGCCAACACACUGGUAGUAAAGUUAAGUGCCACAGAUGCAGAUGAAGACAAUCAUCUGAAUUCUAAAAUUGCCUAUAAGAUCAUCUCUCAGGAGCCAGCGGGUGUACCCAUGUUCAUCCUGAACAGGAACACCGGAGAAGUCUGCACGAUGUCCAGUUUCCUUGACAGAGAGCAACACAGCAUGUACAACCUCCUUGUGAGGGGCUCGGAUCGGGACGGAGCUACAGACGGACUGUCCUCUGAGUGCGAGUGUAGAAUCAAGGUUUUAGACGUCAACGAUAAUUUCCCCAUGUUGGAGAAAACUUUCUACUCAGCAAGUAUUGAAGAGAAUUGUUUAAGUUCGGAACUGAUACGAUUCCAAGCAAUUGAUCUGGAUGAAGAAGGCACUGACAAUUGGUUGGCAAAAUAUUUAAUUCUCUCUGGAAAUGAUGGGAAUUGGUUUGAUAUUGAAACAGAUCCACGAACCAAUGAAGGGAUUUUGAAAGUCGUCCAGAUGCUGGAUUAUGAACAAAUGCCUAAUAUUUACCUUAGUAUUGGGGUUAAAAACCAAGCUGACUUUCACCACUCAGUUGCCUCUCAAUUCCAAAUGCACUCAACCCCCGUGAGGAUUCAGGUUGUUAAUGUGAGAGAAGGACCCGCAUUUCAUCCAGAUUCUAUGACCUUCAGUGUGCGAGAAGGACUAAGAGGAAAUUCCUUGUCGAAUUAUGUGCUUGGCACAUAUACGGCUAUCGAUUUGGAUACAGGAAGUCCUGCAACAAAUGUCAGGUAUAUCAUAGGACAUGAUGCAGGCAACUGGUUAAAAGUGGAUUCAAGGACUGGUGAGAUACAAUUUUCUAGGGAAUUUGACAGGAAGUCAAAAUAUAUUACCAAUAGGAUAUACACAGCAGAGAUCCUGGCUAUAGAUGAUGGCUCUGGGAAAACGGCCACGGGGACCAUAUGUAUCGAAGUACCUGAUGUCAACGAUUACUGUCCAGUCAUUGUUGCGGAAAGGGAAACCAUCUGCAUUGCCUCUCCAUCCAUCCUUAUCUCUGCAACAGGCAUGGAUGAUCAUCCUUACGGGUCUCCCUUUACCUUCUGUGUUGUGGAUCAACCCCCAGGGACAGCUGACAGCUGGGACAUCAGAUCAAUAAAUGCUACUUCCGCAAUCCUGACAGCUGAGCAGACUUUAUAUCCCUCAUAUUACGAAAUCCCAAUCCUGGUGAAGGACAAUUUCAACCGAGCAUGCGAAUUGCCACAGAUUCUGCAGUUACUGGCCUGCGAUUGUGACAGCAACCACAUGUGCUUGUACGCGGGUACCACGGGCAUCAGCACCGGGGACGGCAGCUCCGUUACUGGUGUGUCUGUCACUGACGACCACGUUGAGGGUUCAAAUGUUGGUCUCGGACCUACAGGGAUUGGCAUGAUCGUUCUGGGUGUCUUACUACUGCUUCUGACACCACUCUUGCUGCUCAUGUGUUGCUGCAAAAGCAAACAGCCAGAAGGGCUGGGGACAAGGUUUGCCCCUGUGCCGGAGGGUGGAGACGGAGUGAUGCAGGCCUGGAGAAUAGAAGGGGCCCAUCCCGAGGACAGGGAUGUGUCAAAUAUAUGUGUGCCAGUCACAGCCUCUAAUACCCAGGAACGUAUAGACUCCUCUGAAAUCUACACGAACACGUACGCGGGCGCAGGAACCGUGGAAGGGGGCGUAUCGGGCGUGGAACUCAACACGGGUCCCGGAGCAGCCGCUGGCCUGGUGGCCGGAGGGGCAGUGGGCACAGCGAGGAGGAGGAGUUCUAUGCCAGGAGCCCAGCGGGACUACGCGGACCCCGGCCUGCACCUGGCUUUCCUGGACAGCUAUUUCUCCGAGAAAGCAUACGAUUAUGCAGAUGAAGAUGAAGGCCAGCCAGCAAACGACUGUUUGCUCAUUUAUGACCACGAGGGACUAGGGUCUCCUGUGGGCUCCAUUGGUUGCUGCAGUUGGAUUGUGGAUGAUUUAGACGAAAGCUGCAUGGAAACUUUAGAUCCAAAAUUUAGGACUCUUGCUGAAAUCUGCUUAGACAAAGAAAUUGAACCAUUUCCUUCACAGCAAGCCUGUAUACCCAUCAGUACUGACCUCCCUUUACUUGGACCUAAUUACUUUGUUAAUGAAUCUUCAGGAACGACUGUGUCACAGGCUGAAUUCCAGGCAGAAAUGGCAACACCUGAACCCAUGAUUCAAGGGGAUAUUGUAGUGACCGAGACUUACACGACUGCGGACCCAUGCGUGCAACCCACGACGAUUGUUUUUGAUCCUCAGCUUGCACCCAAUGUUGUAGUAGCAGAAACAGUAAUGGCACCUGUCUACGACGUUCAGGGGAAUAUCUGUGUACCUGCUGAGUUAGCCAGCACACACAAUGUAAUCUAUGCUGAGAGGGUGCUGUCUAGUCCUGGUCUGCCUGACACAAGCAGCAGUAGCAUGACUGAUGGUUGUGUGGGACCCGUGAUGAGUGGUAGUAUUUUGGUAGGGCCAGAAAUUCAAAUGAUGCAAAUGGUGAGUCCAGACAUUCACAUAAGCCAAACCAUUGGUUCCACAUCCCCAAUGACAUCGCGGCACAGAGUAACACGGUACAGUAACGUACAUUACUCCCAACAGUAAGUGCUUUAUGGUCAGUAUUGUUCUCCAGGGAGACCUUGUACCUUAUAAUCACCAACACAGCCAUCAGUGAUGGAUAAUACACUAUAUUUAACAUUUUAACAAUCAGCAAACAUUUGAAUAUUCUAAAUUCAAUGCCACUCUCUGAUCAUAUAUUUGGGGGGGUGGUAAAUAUGGCUAAGGACUUUAGCCUUAUCAAAUUUUUUCUGAUUUUAUAUAGUUUGCCAAAAAACUUAAAGAAAAUGUGUUACAUUCUUUGAUACUGUCUAAUAAUAGCACGCAACUCAUAAGGUGACUCUUGGAAGUCUUUGGGCCUUUGGAACUGGUCAUGUAAACCAAGAUACCCUUGGUCUUGGAGGUUGCAAAAGAAGCCUUAUCUGUAUCUACCAGCCAUAUUUAUCUUUAAAGAAGUACUUUUAUGAAAAAUUUUUGAUUAAAACAGUGAAUGAAAUGUACAUUUUUAAGGGAAAUUGAAAAAGAAGAUAGAGCAUCUAGCAAUAGACAUCUGAAGUCAUUUGUCUCUUCAAAUGGUUUCUCAAGAUAUACAAUUAUUAGGACAUGCUUAAUAUAAUACAGGGAGAGUUUACUAGCUGAAUGUGUCACUAAAAAUGGUUCAUCAAAAGGAGUUUUAUACAUAUGUAUAGAAAUGCAUAUAUACAUAUCAAUAUAGAUGAAUUGUUAUUGCACUUUAUUGAUUUAUAUCAAUUGUAGAUUAAUUUAGACUAGCAAAAAAUAAAAUUAUGACACAAUUACAAUAGGAACAGUUCUUAGGGAAAGUAU